GGCGCGGCGCGGCGCGGCACGCAGCCAGGCAGGGAACGCGCGAGCGUGUGCCGUCUCGGGAGCGUGCGUGCGCAACACACUCUCGCCGCGGUUAUACAUAUGUACAGAUCGUCGCCGUUGCUCGCCGUUGUCACCGUCGACAUCGGCGUCGUUGUUGCCUCGGUGCACGGCUUCGAAGCAGCGUAGCAGCAGCGGCGGCUCGCGCGGAUCCUGCGGUGCGCGCAGGGUUCCGCGUGCCCUUUAUCCGCCUGCGAUAUUCGCGUGCGCGAGAAGGCGGCGGCAGUAGCAGGCAUCCGAGCAGCAGCCAGAAGCGGUAGUAAAACUGCCGCGGCUAGUGACAACGUUUAUUUUCGAUACGAUCACGGAGGCCGAGCGAGCGAGAGAAAGAGCGAGAGUGGUGGAGAGAGAGAGAGCUCUGCCCCGAAACCGCUCUACAGCGCGAAGUGCGUUCCCGUGGGAGCGCAACGGAGGCCGUCGGUGCAGAUUUCGAGCGAAGCGACCCGUUGAAAAGAAAGGAAAUGGUGUCGACUCGUCAGUCAAGUAACAUGGGAAGCAGCAGUAGUAGCGGCGGCAGCGGCGGCGGUGGUGGCGGUGGCGGUAGCGGCAGCGGUUCGGUUAGCGAAGUCGUGGAAGCGAGUUCGUUGAAGAAACACCAACCGGGAACUACGAGCGCUGGCUCCUCCAGUGGCGGCUCCACCAGCGAGUCCUCCCCGCCUGUACGCAAUCUGAAUCUCCUGAAUCUACCCGUUGAGAUCCUGGAGAAGAUCUUCGGUUACCUAGGCUACAACACGGUGGCCCACUUGCGCCCGGUGUGCCACCAGCUGGACCGAGUCUGCGGCUCGAUGCUGAACUCCACGUUUCAGAAGCUGCAGGCUCAGAUGCUGAGCCGUUUCCAGGCGAUCAAGGCGCAAAUGCCCAGACGCGAGUCCGCGCGUCGGAACCACCCGUUAGCAUGCGAGUCCGACAUCAUAGAGACCCUUCAUAUGCGGCUUACCUUGCUGCAAAUGAGCUUCGGCAAGCACAUCGAGCGGAAGCACUGUUGCUUCUUCCCCGGCGAGAUUCUGGACGAGGUGUAUCGCGUUCUCUAUUAUAUCAAAGUCACCCCGAAACUGGCGAAACCCUACAAAGUUACGGACGAGCUGUUCGAUCUUAGCACCAUGGCCAUGGAGUAUUUCAAGGAGCACAUCGAGCCGACAUUGCCGGAAAUACCUUACUUCGGUGCCGAUUUUCUGGAUCUUGCGGGGACGUUUUCUUCUAGUACUGUGAGUAAACCAUUUAUGUGCCUGGACUCCGCGCCGUUGAGCGUCGGAAGCGGUAAAACGGGCAACACCAGCGGCGAGGAGGGUUCCCCGACGCAUUGCUCGGACGACCCGGCCCUCCUCGAGCCCAGCGUGUCGCCGCCGCAGUCGAACAUGGUCCUGCGAAAGCGUAUCCGCAAGAUCAAGCAGGGCAUGAAGCGGUACAACAGCCAGCUGACGCUGAUGCGCAGGGAUCUCAAAAGCUGCAAGGCGAAGAUCGCCGAGCAGCAGAAGCAGAUCGUGGAAUACGCCACUCGGCUGGACGACAACGACAAGAAGAACGAGGAGACCUCGCGGAAAUUCAGCACACUCCUACAGGUAUUUACGCAGGAAUUGAACAAAUGCAAAACCGAGCUACAAUAUUGGCGAUCCAAGUCACCGGCGAUACCGGUGUGCGUGGGCUGCGGCCAGUCAAUGCCAGUCCCCACGGAAGAUUUGCAAGCCUUAGCGAAUCAAGGAGUGCUGCCGGACACAUUCGGCGAAGGGCUCGACUUCAUUCCCAUCGCGGAUGCCCACAGUCCCACCGAGAUGGCGCCGCAACCCCCUGUAGUCACGCAACCUCCGGCGACGCCGACGGUGGAGAUGGCACCUCCAAAGGCUCCCGUGCCUUCGAAUGUAGCGUUCAAGCGGAAACCCGUCGUGGAGGAGGCGUCGAGCGAUGCCGCGAAAAAGUCACGUCGCACUGCCAAGUCUCGUCAGGCUAAGCGCUCAAAGAUGUAAAAAAAUCGAUAACGCUGAUCAUGGUACAAAUAUUUGUUCAACCGGUCUCCGACGGGGUCCUCCCUUCGUAGUAGGGAAGAGCUGGAAGGAGGGGCUCCCCCGCGACGGUGUGUUUAAAGCGCGUUUCUUUAUGCCAGCAAGCCGAUGAUCUUAGAAAAGUACAAAAUUCCUCACCGAACGUCCUGCAUCUCGCGCAACGAACCUCGUUUUUUGGAAAUUCUAGGCCGUGCCGAUCGCCGCGCGAUCGUUUGUGGAAAUCUCUCGACAGUCGAUUCUCCGGAUUUUCUCACGGACGGAGCAGCUGUGGUCGCCGCCGACAUACGGUGCGCCUCGACGAUGAUAUUCUAAAGAAACCUAGCCGAUCAUCCGCGCUUUGCUCGUAAAGCAACGUCUAACUAUACUACUUUCUCGGAUUCUUGUUAGAAUUCUUUGCGAUUGUCAUUGCCGACGGUACGUCCGAGGAUGACGGAAGGCUCGGGAUCGUGUUUGUCAUGCAUUUAACGGUGCGAUAUCACGCGAUAGGAGAACGUAGCGGCGAGCGUCACACGUUAACGUGGCGGCUGAGGAACACGCUUUCCAUUUGGCUCUCCGAUCAAAAGAGCGCGCGCAGUGGCUGUUAUCCUGAGGGCCUUUCAGGAUGGCACGCGUUUGCUAGAAUCUAGACUGAAUACCGCGUCUUCAGCAUUUUGAUCGAACAGGACAAUACGGUAACGGAGGAAGCGUAUUAAGUCACGUAAAUGCGGAAGCUUCUGUACAAAGGUUCUGUAAGAGGUAUGAGUUAUUGUGUAUCGGGAAAGGCCGAUGAACGUAUCAACGGGAAUUUUAUUCAUUCAUUCACGGCGCGUUGACUCACGUGUAAAGUCGAAAUUGAGCCUCAAGCAAAUUUUAUUUCGCUGUAUCGAUCGACAAGUACCUGACAGAACUGACGACGAAGACUGGUUCGCCCAGGUACUGCAGAUGCACCAACAACCACCAUAUCAAUUCGUUUUGAUUAGUUAAGCCUGCUCAAUUUAGAAAAUUGGUUCGUUCACAAUGAUUAGAUGCCAUUAGGUGCCACGCGUUAGAAGAGAGAGAUAUUUUAUAUUUAUACAUAUAUUAUAUAUAUAUAUAUAUUUUUCGUCCACAGUUGGAUAUAAUUUUCCUUUGGUAUUUGUCUAUACUUGGAUCGAAAAUUGAUUUAUAUAUAUGUGGGGCUGGAUAAAAAUCAAAAAAUUCUGCAUCUUAAAUGGUCUGGUUCUAGCCUUGCAGCGCGAGACAACUAGAAGAUGUCUAACACGCAGGUUCAGGUCACGCUGAAGAGCGAAAUGUUGAUGAAUACGCAUGCCUGCAAAGGCGUUAGUUUAUUUUUGUGAAUACGCCAUCUCUCACCGAGCAAGAAUUACGAGAUGGAGUACAUUGCAAUAUUAAUAGAACUAGAUAAUUAUUUAUAGGAAUGAUUCUAUUUAGAUAAAUAAAUUGGGUAUCAUACCGUUUUGUACAUUGUGCAAAAGAACAUGAAGUCUUUUUGUUUGUUGUGUCAAUCGAAUCGACGGAAAUUCCUGUUCAUGUGAGAACACGCCACCGACCGGGAAAAAGCUUAAAAGACGCGACGGGCGUUCGCGAGUCACACGUGGAUCGAGAAUUUUUCGCAAUCCGUUCCGGGAGUCUCACGAUUUACCUUGCGCGAUGAAAACGAUUAUUGGUACAGUAGGAGCAAUUGAACUAUCUUAUUUGCACCGAUUACCCAAUUAAUCUCAAAGAAGCAUAGUUAGACAUAUUGUGAGUUAUUCAUGAUUCUAGUUAUAAAAGUGGAGAAAAAAAGGAAGGAUAAAUAAGUGCGCGCGAACGCGAUACUAUAUAUUAUAAAUAUAUAUACAUAUAGAUUUAUAUGUAUAUGAGCGUAUAUAUGUACAUAUAUGUAUGUAUAUAUAUUUGAGUGGUACUCGCCAGAGUUUGUCGACGUACCACGCGGAACACAUUUUAGUUUAAAACUUUAAUGGAACAAUAAGAUUAUAUAUAUAUAUAACGAUUAAUUAAUUAAUUGAACGAUUAAUUAAUUAACGAUAAAAUAAUUAUUGAAAUAUAUAUGAAGUAAAAAAGUAUAUAUAUAUAUAUAUAUAAUUUUUUAUCGAUGUCAAAAGGAAAUUAGAGAUGAUGAUGAGAAACAGAGAUAAACUUUAGGGUGUGCAAGUAUAUAUAAUAUGGGAGAAAACGUUGCGGCACGCAUACGUGUGAGGUGAAUGUGUGAUAUAUACGAAUAAUGAAGUUAUAACUAAAUUCGAACUUCUGAGGAUCUUACGAUGUGAUGCUUUAUCGAUUUAACCGCGGGAAAGUGACCUUUAUUCGAAAUAUAAAAUACACGUAGGGCGAGUCUCUGGCUACAUAGGAGAGCAUGUAAAACUUCACUCUAAAUGUGUUUACGUUGUGAUUAGAGAGCGCAUCGCGGGGGCGGGCGUAGCCGAAUCGCACGUGUCGGAAUUUCGAAGACGCUUGCACUGUAAUAUGUUCGCAAACGCGACCGUCGCGAGUAGCGGCGGCGCGUCUCUCUCUCUCUCUCUCUCUCUCUCUCUCUCUCUCUCUCUCUCUCUUUCUCACUCUCUCUUUCUUUCGAGUUCACCCGCAGAAUAAAAACGAGAAUAUAGGAAACGAGAAUGACGAUAGGAUGACGAAAUAACAAUUCGCAUCGACUCUGUUUCGUCGUUCUCGGGUCCCAAAAAUAAAAAGAACAAAAAAGAAAGAGACGGACGCGUGUGAAUUUAGGAUCGACAUCCGCGUGAUGGCCAAUCGCAUCAACGUCAGUCUGUGCGGUUAACUCGUAUCAAACUUGUAUUCAAUUGUGUACCUGGUUAAUAGCUUUCAUUUUUCUCUAUACCUGUGCCGUAGAAAAGAUCACAGUGCGUUAACAUAGUACAGGAUCUUCAUGAAUUCGCAGUUACUUCAUGAAAGGUCGAGCCUUUUUAUGAUGAGGCUGAAUUCGCGAAUAUCCUGCGACAUCAUUCAUAUGUCGGCCCCUGAUUCGGAAUACUUACUUGAUCCUGUAAUCCUGUCAUCGUCUACAUACGGGUGUUCCAAAACUACCGGAUGUCUUGUUUUCAUGAUUUUCGGAUCUGUUCGGAGUUUUUCUCGACGAACGAGAAUGUCGAGGCGACUGAUAGUUUUCGGAUAAUUAACGAAGACACGGGCCUUGUGACGAGUUAAGCCUUAAAAGAGAAAAUUAGUCAAAUCAUAUUUUUCAAUUUCGAGCGGACCUUGCGGUGACAGAAUUUUAAUUCGGGAUUAUUUACAGAGAAACGUGCGUUGUUGGGAGUCGAUGGAAGGUGUGAGAAAUGACCGUCUACCUCGAUAUUUUCGCUGUGGAAAAACCGCCAUUCGACUGGCCGAAAAAAUUGCGGUUAAGAUGACAUCCGGUGGUUUCGAGACACUCCGCGUAAAAAAGAACGGCGAAUGAUUAAUCCAAGGUUAAUUCGCUCACUUUGUCGAGCCAAGACAUAAAGAUAAAUUUUGUUUGUCCUAUUUUAGAUAAACUAUAACUCGCGACAAGACUUUAUUUAUAAUUUUACGCGCGGUGUAAUUCAGGAAAUACUCCACAGAUGAUACGAGAGAGAGAGAGAGAGAGAGAGAGAGAGAGAGAGAGAUGCAUAUACACCUGUAUAUAUAUGUAAUUUAAAUAUUUCCAUUUCUAAUUUCUCAAAUGUUUUCUUGCAACAAUAUCUGUUUAGAAUUCUGCCGCGGAUUACAGAUUGUCUAAAAUGAAAUUAAUUCAGGAUUAGUCGACCGUCUAUCGGCGUGAAUAUCAGUACAAGGGCCAAUGGAGGGUCAACGUUGUUUCACAAUAACCCCCGUUUAACUUCACCUUCUGUCUUCGCGAACUACGUAUCAAUGGAACAGAGGACGAUUAUGUAAAAAGAGCCGACUAUAGAUUCGCUGACCAGAGUUAGUCGACCGGGACUGUCGGUGCAACUCAGCCUAAGCCGUACCUCACGCACACCUAAACUCCACCAUCACCAUCACCAUCAUCACCAUUAUCAUCAUCAUCAUCACCACCACUACCACCACCACCACCACCACUACCACCAUCGAAACAAACGUUCGACACUCCGUUCAACACGACGUCCGCACUUUCCUGCACGUCGUCAUUCGUCUGCAAUUAAUUGUCGUCUUUGAAAAAAAAAAAAAAAGAAAAACAGAAAAGAAAGAUGAAAGGAAAACUGGAAAAAGGGGAAAAGAAAAGGAAGGAAAGAAAUAUAAUAGUAUCACGCUCCUCUCUCUCUCUCGGCUUUCCGACAUAAUCCGUCCCCGAACGAGAUACAAAUGUAGAAGAAACUGUGUACUCUACGCAUAUAUGAAUCUACUAAGUUUAGACGUACGAUCGAGUAUAAAAACGAUGGAUUAUAUGCGAUUAGGAGUAGAAAUAAUUUCCUAGACGGUAGUGCUGCGCUCGGGGGAGGGGGAGAAGGGGGAGGGGAAACUACCGAAUGCAUAGGGAGAAGAAGGCGGAGGCGGAAGACGAGGACUAUGAUUUCUCUCUCCCUUCGGCAUUGUCUGCCUGUCUCUUACACCCCGAAGAAGCCUGCUAUCCGCAAAGUGUGUAAUGCAAGCGAGCGAGCAAGCAAAGCAAGCAAGCGACGGUCCUUGCCUCAGGUACACGUACACACAACACGAGAUAUGCGAUGCAUAUAUACCAACAGACACACGUACACAUACAAAAUAGACAAAUAUCCACGAAACCGCCACAUGUGGACGUGGUACACCUCCUUCACGGCGACAAAACGAAAAAGGAAAACAUAGAACUCACAAUUUUGCCAGCGUUCACGGUAGCGGGGAGGAAGUUAGCGCCGUGACACGCCGAAGAAUACUGAUAUAUUAUCUUAAAUGGUUUUACGUGUAUUAAAGCGAUUGUAAAUAUAUAUAUUAGAUACACCUUAUAAUAAACAUAAUUUAACAUAACGUUCCAACUAUGUUGCGUUUGUCGCACAAAGUCAUUCGGUUAAGUGAUUAAGUCGUGGGGUGUGAUUGAAUUAUAAUUAACUGUUGUUUAUAUGAAGAUAAAAGGCUUCGAGAGAGUCUCAUUGUCUGUAAUAAUAACCGUUUGCAAACGAGUAAUGCGCCGAACGAUGGAUGUGUCAUGUUUGUAUUUAGAAAUUGCGCCAAGAGAGACUUUUUCCAUUUGUAUCGAUAGUUUUUUGUGCUACACGAAUGAGUAAAUUUAAUUUGGAUUUUU